UGGGACUGAGGUGGAGCCUGAGGACCCUCGCCUUGCUGUGGCGCAGCCACCUCCUCCCGGCGUGCGCCUGGAGUUGGUGUGGGCAUCGGAGGAAGCAGAGAUACAGUAUUUAAUGAAAAAAACAUGCUUAAGGAGUAGAAAUGGCAGGCUUCCUAGAUAAUUUUCGUUGGCCAGAAUGUGAAUGUAUUGACUGGAGUGAGAGAAGAAAUGCCGUGGCUUCUGGGGUAGCAGGUAUAUUGUUUUUUACAGGCUGGUGGAUUAUGAUUGAUGCAGCUGUGGUGUACCCUAAGCCAGAACAGUUGAGCCCUGCCUUUCACACCUGUGGUGUAUUUUCCACAUUGGCUUUCUUCAUGAUAAAUGCUGUAUCCAAUGCUCAGGUGAGAGGUGACAGCUAUGAAAGCAGCUGUUUGGGAAGAACAGGUGCUCGAGUUUGGCUUUUUAUUGGUUUCAUGUUGAUGUUUGGGUCACUUAUUGCUUCCCUGUGGAUUCUUUUUGGUGCCUAUGUUACCCAAAAUACUGAUGUUUAUCCUGGACUAGCUGUGUUUUUUCAAAACGCACUUAUAUUUUUUAGCACUCUGAUCUACAAAUUUGAAAGAACUGAAGAGCUAUGGACCUGACAUCACUUCUUAAAUCACGUUUUCCUUUUGUUACAUUCUAUUUGUAGAUAAGUUUUUAUCUCUCAGUACUCAUUUGCCACAUGGAAUAGAUUAUAUAUUAAAUGUUUUCUUUCUUU